AUGUCGGUGUCGCUAAACCAGUCACCAGAUGCCGACUUUAUUCGCUUUGUCGCUCGUUUCUGUGGCGUAAAUCUCGGCUCAGCUGCCUCGGGUCGUCUACGUGUACGUCUGGGUAAAACCACCGAGCUCUACGACCCUGUGACUAUCGCCAAAUACCUCGCACGAUUCGCUGAUCGGGAGCUUGAGCUCUUGGGCCAAACACCUUUUGAACGUGCCCAAGUGGCCAUGUGGAUGGACGUUGCACGCAGCAUCCAGCGCUGUCCAUUGUCAGCUGCAUCUUCUCAUUGGCUAAUGCUGGAGAACGUUUUGCAGCAGAAAACGUACGUGGCAGUCAACCGCGUGACGCUCGCUGACGCUGCGCUCUUCUACGCACUACACGGGUCUAUCAGCACCUUUACGCCUGCUCAAUAUGAUCAGUUUGUCAACCUUGUGCGUUGGUUUGACCAAGUGCAGCACACAGUGGGGGUGCGGGGCUUUAAGCGCUUGGAUGUUGUCGACCUCACGCACAAAACGAUUGCCUUCACGGCCUAG